AUGACAUCUAUCAAGAAAGCCCAGCCAUUCAAAAAGGCCCUUCACUUUUCAGCGGCCGAGUUCAUUGACCGUAAGGACCGGACUCUGAAGCUCAUGGAACGGGAGGAGCUCGAUGGAUUUCUCUUCACAAAGCAAGAAUCCCUUUACUAUCUAACUGGCUUCGAUACUUUUGGCUAUGUCUUCUUUCAGGCCAUGUACUUUCACAAGGAUGGCUCUAUACGCUUAAUAACUCGGAUCCCUGAUCUCCGUCAGGCCUUGUACACUUCAAUUUUGGAACAGAAAGAUAUCCUCAUUCGAUCCGAUGAUGCCGGAAGCAACCCCGUAUCUCUGGUACCAAAGGUCCUUCGGGAAUUUGGAAUCAAUUCAGCAUCCAAACGCAUUGGUUAUGAGCCUGACUCUUGCUCCUUGACCCACCGCUUAGGAAAAGCACUAGAAGAAGCUGUAGAAGGGCUUUGUACUCUACUGGACCACAGUGAUCUUCUCACCCGCGAAUUACGCAUUAUCAAAUCGGAAGCAGAAAUGCAUAAGGUUCGAAAGGCGGCCUACCUUGCCGACUUUUCUCUUAUACGUGCAUUGAAACUGGCUAAGCCUGGUGCCUAUGAAGGUGACCUGUGGCGGGAGAUAGUCGGAACCGUAUACGAGGGUGGAGGUGACGACCCUGCGAAUGAGAAUAUCCUGGUCUCUGGUAACCAGGCUGUUCUUACUCGAUACUCCACAGGGAAAUCAAAAAUCGAUCGACAGCUUACUCUCGAACAUGCUGCUGUUUACAAACACUACCACGCGUGUCUGAUGCGAACAAUUCCUAUUGGAGGUAUCACAAAACUGGCCCGCGAGAUGCAUCGCAUCAAUAUCCUUCAGAUGGAAGCUGCCAUGGACGCACUCAGGCCAGGACAAGAGAUUGGAGGCGUGUUCGAAGCUUAUGCUCGUGUGGCAGACGAGAAUGGCUUCCGUGACCAGCGGUUUAAUAGUUGUGGAUACAGCUUGGGUGCCACAUUUUCUCCGACAUGGAUGGAUUUUCCUAUGUUUGUGCGUGGGCAAAGGGUAGUGGCACAACCGGGCAUGGUUUUCUUCAUCCAUAUUAUUCUCAUGGAUAAAGCUACGGAUACUGCGAGCUCCAUUGGUCAGACAGUGGAGGUAACACAGGACGGCUGCGUUCCCUUGUCCAAGCUACCCUUUGCACUUACUCGAAGACAGACAAUUGCUGCCUGGAAGAAGAUCCGGAAGGAAGACUAUGGAUUCACAAUGAAUGAGAUCGAUGAUGGAGAGAACCUACAAGAUGUCGAGCUCAGCGACGGAGAUAUUGAUGAGGAGGACUUUGAUGUCGAAUAUGACUUCAGCGAUUAUGAACCAGCCGCUGGGCUUGGCGAUCCAACUCAAAGCGCCUAA